AUGCUACUUUUCUUCAUUCUUUCACUGAGUUUUGCACUGGACCAUUGCAAAAGCCAGAUUUCAGACAAUCACUGUAUCGAGUGCGAAAGUGGGUAUUAUCUACAGCUUACUGAUAACACCGAUUCGGGCAUUCCUUCACUUCUAUGUGUUGCUAUUGGUGUGUCUGAGAAUUGCGAGAUCACCGACAAUGGGGCGUGUGUGAAAUGUCUUCCGAAGUUUUACUUAGACGGCAAUCAAUGCAAGAGUUGUUCCAUGGAGUUCUGUAAUUAUUGCAACUCGACAUUUUGUUAUCAAUGUGGGUCAAACGCAGCGGGAACACAACUCUAUCUCUCCACGGACGAGACCAAAUGUGUUGACUGCACUGAUCCGGCACACGACGAAGACUGUGGUCGUUGUCCUGGUGGAAAGUACUUUGACAUUGAUACUAAGCGAUGCGAAAAGUGUAUGACCAACUGCGCUCUCUGUACUGAGAAGUACAACUGCUACCAAUGUACAAACAAAACAUUGCUCAGUAAGACGGAUGUACCCACUCCGAAUGAACCAGAUAAGUGUAACCCUAUAUCCAAUUGCGACGAAACAGAAGGAUUACAAGAUGAUCAUUGUGAGUUGUGUAAUAGUGGAUAUCGACUUGAGGCGGGGGACUGUGUUUCUUGUGGCACAAAUUGUUCGGUGUGUUACAAGACCGACACUGGCGAAAAUUAUUGUUCGGUGUGUAAAACAGACUACGUCAUGACAAACGGACAGUGUAAAAGCAAAGACGACUUACACUGUUUAGAGGGCAGUGAGACAUAUGGAUGUUUACAAUGUGAGUCUGGAAGGUAUUUCAGUGCUUCGCUCGAGUGUUUACUCUGUGAUGCAACUUGCAGCACUUGUGUCUCUGAGGCGUCGCACUGUCUCUCUUGUAAUGAAAAUUACUACUUUUUGAACGGCACUACACAAUGUGUCCCAAAAGAUGGAAAUUGCAGUUUGGUCGACCAAGCCGGGUGCAAAGAGUGUUACAACGAUUUGACCACAGAAGGGCAGAAGACAGCUGGGUACUUUGUACCGAAGGGUGGCCAAGAGUGUCAGCCGUGUGAAUCACAUUGCAAAUUAUGUGAAGACGAAGCGACACAUUGUUCUGCGUGUAUCACCAAUUACACGUUGAAAAAGGUAGAAGGAGAGGACUAUUACAUCUGUGAAAAUAUGUCGGAGUUCUGUUUAAAAACUGAAAUGGGGUAUUGCACAGAGUGUGUGUCCGGGUUCUUCAUCAAGAACGGUGAGAGUCAACAAUGCUCACAAUGCGAUUUGUCGUGCAGCACAUGUAAAGAGUCGAACAAAUGUCUGAGUUGCAAAGAAGGGUAUUACCUGUCGAAGUACGAGCAAGACUUGGAUAACAAAACUACGUGUAGAAGUCAAAAAGAAAUUAAUUCGACGUGUCAAGCUGGGAUCAAUGGGUGCGAGACAUGUUUCCCUGGAUAUUAUAUCAACCACGACGAUCCAAAGCAGUAUAUCUGCCAGAAGUGUCCUGAUGAGUGUAGUGAGUGUGUUUGGAAAUCGACUGAUACCAAUGACAACACCGUUGGUAUUCCGAUUUGUACUACAUGUAAUACAGUAAAGGAGUAUGUGAAUGAUGGGCAGUGUAAACCAUGUAGUGAGUUGACUCAAUGCUUUGAAUGUGAAGGUGAGAAGUGUAAGAAAUGUAAUGAUGGCUAUUCUCUAGAUGCUGGAGGAGUGAGUUGCUCGAAGACAAAUUGGGCUUUGAUAGUUCCAUUAGUCAUUGUUGCGAUCAUUAUCAUUAUAGUUCUUCUGUUACUCUUCAUCGGUCUGAUUUGGUGGAGAAGAACUAAAAGUGUCAAAGCAGAAACAGCAGCGAUCAAGCCGUUCCACGUCGGCAGUGAUUUGGAGCUGAUGUUGUUGGGUGCCGAUAACGAGAAGUUCCCAUUAAAGACAGACAAGUGGGAGUUAUCAUUCGACUUAGCGAAAUCAAAAGCCAUUGUCGACCAAGAGUACACUGAAACUGUCAACCUUGCCAAUAUGUCGAAGAAGCAAUAUUACUUUGAGUUCCACUAUACUCCAAGCCAUAAGUACGACUUAGAAAUUACUCCAAAGAGUGCGACAUUAAAAUCGUCCACGGCUAUUCCAGUCACUUUCAAGAUCAAAAUGCUGUGUACAACUUCAGUGAGUGACAACAUUGGUAUUUCAGCAAUGGAUAUUGAUGAUCAGAAUAAGGAAACUGCCAAGUUCACUGUAGUUAUUGAAUCGGAUUUGUCACUCAAAUUGGACCACACUGAGUUGAAACCAAUCAUGCCGCCAAUUGGUGAAGGUGCAUUUGGUAUGGUAUUUAGAGGGACUUACAGAGGCAGAGAUGUCGCCAUUAAGAAAAUGAAGGCGAGAAAUUUGACACAAGAACAAGAGAAGGAGUUCAAUCAUGAAGUUUCGAUGAUGACGCAGUUGCGACACAAUUGUGUAGUUGAGUUAAUUGGUGCUGUGUACACUGAAGGUGAGAUAUCUAUUGUCACUGAGUUUGCGGAGUAUGGCUCGUUGAGCAAAAUAUGGGGGAAGCAGCCAGUCAAUUACCAACUUAAGGUGAAGAUAUUGGAUGACAUGGCUGUUGCGUUAGCUUAUUUGCAUCAGAACAAUAUCAUCCAUCGUGAUGUCAAAGGCGAGAAUUUGUUGUUGUUCUCCCUCAACCCACAUUCUCCAGUCUGCGCGAAGUUAACAGACUUUGGUACAUGCAGAAACAUCUCUGAGCGAAAUCUGGCAUCAAAAGCAUUGUCACAAGGUAUCGGAACACCAACAUACAUGCCACCAGAGUGUUUACAGAACUCUUCAGAAUACAGUUACCCCGUCGACGUCUAUGCUUAUGGUAUGGUCUUGUUCGAGACUUAUGUCGAGAAGAACGCAUAUGAAAAUGAUGAGCGAUUCAAUCAGCCAUGGAUGAUUCCUCAAUUUGUCAUUGAGGGACAAAGACUCGAUAAGCCGAAUGGGAUUCCAGAGAACUAUUGGGAGUUAACUACUAAAUGUUGGUCACAGAACGCAGAGGACAGACCGACGUUUGCCGAUGUUUUGAAAACUAUUGAGUCAUGGGGCGAAGACAUCAGAUAUGCUCUUAAUAUCGAAGGGGAGAAGAAAGCUGGUGCUGGAGGCGCAAGUGAUAUUUCGAGCAAUUCGACGCCCUCCGUGCCUUCUAGUGCUCAAGAGCCAUCCAUCACUUCUUCCUCUGACAACACCCCAUCUGGGCCACAAAGUUCGUUGCCAAAGUCUGUUGGAAAACGCGUUGAGAAAGACAAGGAGAAGUCUUCUUCGUCUUCUUCAGAAGAUUAA